GUCAUGGACAUUUACGGCCCGGCCGAGGUGGCCCUCUCGAGCGGCAGACCAGUUGCCGUCAGUAAGAGCGGCGCCAUCAUCCAGGACAUUGGCACUCCCGUUGGCUGCCGAUACUGGGUUGUCAACCCACAAGAUCACGAUGAGCUGGUCCCCGUGGGAACCACAGGCGAGCUCCUCAUCGAAGGACCCAUCGUCGCCCGCGGCUACGUGAACAGCCCCCAGGCGAUGGCUGCUUCCUUCAUUGACGCGCCUGCGUGGACUCGACAUCCCGAGCUUUCGCAUAUGGGACUUGGCCAGCAUCGCUUCUACAAGACGGGAGAUCUCGUCACGCAGAAAGCAAGUGACUCCUUUGUCUACGAGGGCCGAAAGGAUACCCAGGUCAAGAUCAGAGGUCAGAGAAUCGAGAUGGGCGAGAUCGAAUAUCAUCUCAACCGACAGACGAAGGGAGACACGAAAUGGAUCGUCGACGUCUUUCUUGAAGGCGCAGGCCAGGAGAAAACUCUGGCUGCAUUUUUUCAAGUGUCGAGAAAGGAUGCCGCAACCCUUCCAGCGUCAGAGCUCGGCGACAACGUCCUCUCAGCCAUGCCGAAUGCGGCAGAGGCAGCCGCAGCUGCCCUGCGACAAGUUCUGCCGUCGUACAUGGUUCCAGAGGUUUUCAUUCCUUUGCGGAAAUCUCCCGUAGUCGGGCCGAUGAAGACGGAUCGCAGAGCUCUGCGUGCGAUGGCGAGCGGCCUUUCUGCGUCCGAUAAAUUGUCUUACCGUCUUAACGGACGGCAACAGGACGUCGGUGGCCUUGCACAGCCGAACGCGACUUCUGACGGCGAACUGACAGAUCUCGAGUUGUUGCUGCAACGCACGUGGGCUGCUUUGCUCGGCGUUCCGCCUCAGUCGAUUGGGCCCCAAGAUGACUUCUUCGUCCUCGGAGGC